AAACCCCAAAGUUAAAAACCUUUAUACGACUGAUGCUAAAACUCUGCCUCCACUAACGACGGCGCUGCCUACUCUCCUUACCGGAACCACCGCAUUCCGGUAACUCACAAACGAUUUCGGUAAAACUUUCGUAAACCCAUCUGAACCUCCUGCUUACCUCCCAUUGCACGAAUUCGUAUAAAGUUUCUUCUGUAUUGUCGCCGCCACUAAAACCCUUUCACUUUCACGCUAUUGAUUAGCGAAAGUUAUCGACUUUUGUAAUAUUUAUUCCUCUGUGUGACACCCCAUUGAAGUGUUUUGUGGAUUCCUUUUGUGGGUGUUGUUGCGUUGAAGUUACGUACGUGAAGUAAUAAUGGCCGCAUGGUCUUCUAGAAAGUUGCUGAGAGAUGUUUUUCUCAAAAGGGCUGUCUCCAAUCGAAUUUCAGCCGUUAGAGAUUUUUCUUCUGCACCGGAAAAUGCUCCUAAGAUUGGUUACUAUUCCAAGAAAGGAAGAUUGUUAACAGGAGCCACCCUUGGCCUACUUAUAGCUGGUGGAGCUUAUGUGAGUACUGUGGAUGAAGCUACUUUCUGUGGAUGGUUAUUCUCAGCCACAAAACUAGUGAAUCCUUUUUUCGCUUUGAUGGACGCCGAGUUUGCACACAGACUAGCCGUCUCAGCUGCAGCUCGUUGUUGGGUUCCAAGGGAGAAGAGGCCUGACCCAUCAAUCUUAGGUUUAGAGGUUUGGGGAAGAAAGUUCUCCAAUCCAGUAGGUCUUGCUGCAGGCUUUGAUAAAAAUGCUGAGGCUGUCGAUGGCUUACUUGGGUUGGGCUUUGGUUUUGUGGAGGUUGGCUCCGUUACUCCCGUCCCUCAGGAUGGCAAUCCAAAGCCUCGAAUGUUCAGGUUGCGAAAUGAAGGAGCUGUUAUAAAUAGAUGUGGCUUCAAUAGUGAGGGGAUUGUUGCUGUCGCAAAGCGGUUGGGUGCUCAGCAUGGUAAGAGGAAACUAGAUGAAACUUCAAGCACUUCAACUCAAAAUAAUGAAGUCAAACAGGGUGGAAAAGCCGGCCCUGGCAUUCUUGGUGUAAAUCUUGGCAAGAACAAGACAAGUGAAGAUGCUGCAGCAGACUAUGUUCAAGGAGUACAUACAUUGUCCCAGUUUGCUGAUUAUUUGGUGAUUAAUGUUUCAUCACCAAAUACUCCUGGUUUGCGUAUGCUUCAAGGAAGGAAGCAAUUGAAAGAUCUUGUGAAGAAGGUUCAGGCUGCACGCGAUGAAAUGCAAUGGGGUGAGGAGGGUCCCCCUCCAUUGCUGGUAAAAAUUGCACCGGAUUUGUCAAAAGAAGACCUUGAAGAUAUUGCUGCAGUUGCCUUGGCUCUUCACUUAGAUGGCCUGAUUAUAUCAAAUACAACUAUUUCAAGACCACAGCCUGCCGAUGAAAAUCCAUUGUCUUUAGAAACUGGUGGUUUGAGUGGGAAGCCUCUCUUCAAUCUCUCUACUAAUAUCUUGAAGGAGAUGUAUAUCUUGACAAGGGGCAGGAUUCCUUUGAUUGGCUGUGGCGGCGUUAGCAGUGGAGAAGAUGCAUACAAGAAAAUCCGAGCUGGAGCAACUCUUGUUCAGCUGUAUACAGCAUUUGCUUAUGGUGGACCUGCACUGAUUCCUCAAAUAAAGGCUGAAUUAGCUGCAUGCUUGGAAAGAGACGGUUACAAAUCCAUCCUUGAUGCAGUUGGUGCAGAUUGCAGAUGAGUUUUAUCCACCUUGCUGUAAGCAAUCAUAUAAUAUCAUUCUAAGUGUAGCCAUAUUCCUUUUUUGGAAAUGCCAAAUUUUCAUUUUUUUUUUGCUUUUCUUUUAUAUAUUGUUAUUUAAUUUGAAUUUAAAUGGGUUUGGCCACGUGUUAUGAAUUGUAAAAGUGAAGGUUGUUUUUAGGCAAUUCAGGCAAUUUUUGUUUUGGAGUGAUGAUUGUUUGGCAAUAAACCGCCAAAUAAUUGAGAAAUACCUGUGUAUCAUAAACCCACUAAUAAUCAAGUUAUGGAGCAUAAAGUUAGAUUAAACCCCAUCAACAUGUGGACAAAUGGUACUCUAAAUUUAUGAGGAUAUGCAAUAUGAAGCCAUAACGUCGUACUUGUGGA